AUGGGCGUGAGCGGGGGCGAAGAGGGGGCGCGCUUCGGGCCCUCGUUGAUGCCCGGCGGAGACCGAAAAGCCUUCGAAGAAAUGGAACUGAUUUUGGUUUCUGUUGCUGCGCAAAUCGACGCCGCCAAAGCCCCGCAAACGCAUGCAGCUGAGGUGUCUGUACACCUCAGGGCCAACGCAUGCGUUUCCUUCCUCGGCCCCGGCGGCUGCGGCAACUUCGUCAAAAUGGUCCACAACGGCAUUGAAUACGGGGACAUGCAAAUCAUUGCUGAGGUGUACAGUCUGCUGCGGCAUUCCUACAACAUGUCGAAUGAAGAACUUUCCAGUUUAUUUGCGGAAUGGAAUAAAACGGAAUUGAAUUCUUAUUUGAUUGAAAUCACUUCCCAAAUCUUCAAGAAAAAAGACCCCCAAGGAAACGGCUAUUUGAUUGACGAAAUAUUAGAUGCUGCUGGCAGCAAAGGCACAGGCAAAUGGACAGUGCAGCAAGCAGCAGAAUGGGGAGUCCCCGUGCCUUGUCUUUCUGCUGCUCUCGAAAUGCGUUACAUCAGCGCCCACAGAGGCCUCCGCGAGCGUCUGGGGUGUCUGUACACCUCAGCUUGGCAGCGAAAGGGAGUGCAGCAGAACUUGGCGGAGCGGCCGAGUCUUGGUUCGCAAAUAAAUAAAUAA